CAACUGUGACUCGCUGUGAUUUCUUCUUCGUCUCCCCCAUCACCGCUACUCCCAGCAGGGGCCUGCCGCCGCUGUCUCCGGCUAAAGAUGGAGCUCCGGACGAUAGUGCCCGCUCUCCUCUUCCUGUCUGCCGUCUGUCUGCCGCCUGUGUCCGGCGCGGCUUCACGGACAGGACCGAAAGUCACCGAGAAGGUGUUUUUUGACAUCACAGUGGCAGGUCACGAGGUGGGGCGGAUCGUCAUCGGCCUUUUUGGGGAGGUCGUCCCACUCACUGUCAAUAACUUUGUUGCCCUGGCAACCGGAGAGAAAGGUUACGGCUACAAAGGGACAAAGUUCCACCGAGUCAUCAAGGACUUCAUGAUCCAGGGGGGAGACUUCACAGCUGGAGAUGGAACUGGAGGUCACAGCAUCUAUGGAACAACUUUUGCAGAUGAAAACUUCAAACUGAAGCAUCUAGGAGCAGGCUGGGUGAGUAUGGCGAAUGCUGGUCCAGACACCAACGGAUCACAGUUCUUCAUCCUGGCAACCAAAGCACCGUGGCUGGACGGGAAACAUGUGGUCUUUGGCAAAGUCCUGGACGGGAUGUCUGUGGUUCACACCAUCGAGCUCCAGGACACCAACGACAGGAACCUGCCGUACACCGAGUGUGUGAUCAUCAACAGCGGCAGGAUCCCCGUCAAAGAGCCCUUCAUCGUGGAGGUGGAGGGCUGGUAAAUGCCUCUGUUCGGAGGUUUACUGUGGAACAAAGACAGUAUGUGAUUAUCGUGUGCUGGUGAUCAAUCAGAAGUCCGGUUUGCAGUUUGCCAAAUCCACAUUUUCAUAUUAUUAUUUUGCAUGCUAAGGAGCUAACACUAACAUGCUACCAAUUAGGGCUGGGAGUUGUUUGAAAUGUUUUCAUACAAGGGCUGAUACAGUAUUGAUGCCAAAACAGUUUUCAGUAUGAACAUGUUCCUUCUUUCAUUCAAAAAAACAUAAACUCUGUCAGCGUGACUCAUACAGACCGUCCUCAGCAGAAAAAUGCCUGUAUAAUGUUGGUGUGAGCAGGUUAUUGCGAUCCAUAUUUAUUGUUUUAUUGUUAGGCGGCGACCUCUAGUGGUCAUAGUAAUUAUGAAAGAAGCAAGAGAGGAAGUCAUAGUAUAAAGAGCAAGAAAGUCUGACUUUAAUCCAAGAGACCACUGUUUGUGACCCAUUUUUACUGACAUAGUAGCAGUCACAAUCUGAACCCAAACUGUGAUUUUUCCUAAACCCAACCUUUUGCUGCCUCAACUUAAGGAAACCGUUUCACGUUCACGAUUGCUAACCACAUGACAAUGAGGGUUGGGUAUGUUUGUCGCUGGUAUCCUCCAGUGGUCAUAUGUGUCGUUUAAGAAGUCACUAGCUGUUCAAUCAUUUAGGUAUGAGGACCGGUCGUACAGACGCAUGCCGGUUGGUACCAAUAAUAUACUGAGGUUCAAUAACCAGCCCUGUUAACACGCUAAAAUGAACAUGUAGCAUUGCAUCCUGAACAAAUACACUUUCCUUCUGAAAUAUUCAGCAUUGCUGCUUUAACCUGUCAAGAUGAACGUGGCUUCUGAUCGAUUUCCACUGUAUGCACAUAAGAACCAGAUAUUUUCAUUAAGCUAUUAACAAAACAUAUCACACACUGAUGUCUAACAAUUGUCUGUGAAGGGAGGGAAGAUUUUUAUCAACUUUUUGACAGGGAAUACAGGACAAAGCAAAUGAAUCUGUGGUGAAUUCAAAGCAUCCACUCGUUAAACACACAACUUUAACUGAGUUUGGAGAUCAGAUACAGAUUAACACACGCAAGUUAAAUUCAGUACAGAUACUACAGGAUUACACAAACAUUGGCAAGUCAUACUAUUCUCAGGCGAAAACCUUAUGUCUCCAAGAUGGCCACCUUUUCAGGAUUGUGUGCCACGUUUUAAACUAGAUUCAUUUUUGUUAACAAAGCAACUUUAUAAUCCCCAGAGUUUGGCAUUUAGUGGCCUUUAAAACCUAAAGGUUUCGUGAGCCAUAAGGCGUAAGACAUGAUGUUCGGGCAAUUAACUCUGAUGUCAAAAAAACAUAAAACUGGAUUAAACAAGGCGCAUACUGUGCCAUGACAUAGUUAUGACGCUCUGAUGAGAAAUGUCCCAUUGCCGUUAUUCCUGUUAUGCUGAAAACAAACGGCCAUCGCUCAGAAAAUACUCACUCUAGUAUCACCAACUUCCGUACAUAACUUAGCUGACGUGCCUACUGUGACUACUUUAACCCAAACUGUGACCUUUUCCUGAAGGGGGCUUGCCUACGCCUAAUCAUACUGUGACCCUUGCACAAGGUUGAUGUAGGUCACCUGACUUCAUCCUUACCUGCAUGUCCGAAUACACUAAGAUAUUUAAGGCAAAAAACUCCAAGGAGAGUGUGUAUUUCCAGAACGACAGCCCUUUGGAGCAAUGGGCGUUUGUUGGAUAAAAGGCUAAUGGGCUUUCGGUUCCACGAAAAGCCCACACAUACAAGACCAAAUUUCAGUCUGUGGAAAUACAGUAUUUAUGUGCUCAAAGGUGGAUUUUUGAAUCCUUUUGCACUUAUGUGGUGUUUAUUCAUGAAGUAGUCCAGGUAAAACGACCUCUCGUGUAUGAACAUGUAAUACAAAUACCAAAACCUGGAGAUGUGAGGUUUUCAGCCGAUAGUGACCCAUUGUAUGCAGAGAGGAGUACUGGUAGUACUGUGGUUCAUGCUAGCGGUUUUAUACGCUAGCAUACUUGUAUAUUUAGUGGAUGGUGAAAGUUAGCAUCAUCCCUAAAACUCAAACUCAGUAAUGACCUGUGGCAUGACAUAUCAUGGAAACUUCUCACGCACACAGAACUCACAGAACAAUGUAGCUCCUCAUUGAUCUCCUAGUGCCAUAUCAUUCCUACUUUGCCAAAUUUGCUUGCACUUUCUAUGCAUACACUCGAUACUUAAAUACUGUAUCUUCAUUUCAGUAUCUUUUAACAAACAUAUGCAAAAAACUUUGUAGCAAGUGUCAAAUGCCAUUCUCGCACUUUCUUAUUUAGGAUUUUUAUCAUUCCAUCAUUGAAAUGAUGAUUGCUGUGUUCACGUUUUGAUUCCAUGGAGAUAACGUAUCCUGUCCUCCUGAUUAUUAUGCAUUAUGCGUCAUAUCAUGUUUGAAAAAAACUACAGCACAAAUUGCACAGGAGGAAAAUGUUGUGUGGGUACAGCCCUAAUACUGUUGCUGUCCUCUCAGUAAUGAUCUUAAAUGUUGUUGUUUGUGUUAGAGGUGUGUUGUGAAUUCACUCUGACUGUUAAUGUUUUCACUUUUUUGUCAUCGUUCUCUUUAAUGUUCUUGCGAUUUCAGUUAACCCGAAACUGUCACGGUAGCAUUAUGAUCUAGAAGAACUCUGACUGAUAUUCUUCAUGUCGCUGAAGUUAAUGCAGCAUCUCAAACCUUCAACAAACACAUCAGAAGGUCUGUUUUCAUUAUUUAUAAAAACAGCAGAAAAGUGCCAACAAGUGUAUUUUCUACAAUAAACAAUUUGCUGCUGCAAAACGAUCUUACACAAUGUUAUUUUGUAUCACUGGUUAUUUUGUGUCCUUGUCCUGUUUCUGCUUUUCUGUUGUGGACCAGUAGCCCGAGUGAUCCCAGUCAACUCUUUAAGACAGCAGAUGUCACAUACGCAUGUUGUAUUUGUUCAGGUGACCAUCAGUCCCACCAGGUGGACCAAUAAAGAAGCCACUGCAGGAUGUAAACAAUGGAAGCCAGACAUACUGUC